AAUUAGAUUAGGCGAGGCUUUCCUCAGAUAAUCAUUUAGCCAGCUCCUGUUUUUUCCUCCGAUGGAGCGCUGCUUGCAACUGUGAGCUUGCUGAAGGUCAAACUGUAUUUCUAAAAAACAGCCUGGUUUUGGGGGUAAAUUGUGGUCUAGGAGCAGGUCUGCAGACUGUGGCUGGGUUAUGGGCUGUUUCUGGAGCAGUGCGUGUGACGUUGCUCAGAGUAAUCGGACUGUCGCUAAUACCUGCUGCUGCUAACAGGAGGCGAUGGGGGAAGUUUCUUCACAGAGUCCCUGUAAGGCCAGAUCUGCACCUCAGGCCCACCACUGAGACUUUGUUUUUUGGGAAGGCCUCUGUCGAGUCCCAGAGGAGGAGACAUGGCCAAUAACUCUUUUCGUGGGUCCAAACAUGGCCAACACGAUGAGGCCAACCACGAGGCGGAGUUCAGCUGCUCGCUGCAGGAGCUGCGCUCGCUCAUGGAGCUGAGAGGAGCGGACGCACUUACCAGGAUCCAGCAAUGUUACGGAGACAUUAAUGGACUGUGUGCCAGACUGAGGACGUCACCUGUCGAAGGUUUAGCUGGAAACUCGGAGGACAUCAACAGAAGGAAAAAGGAGUUCGGACAGAACGUCAUCCCUCCUAAAAAGCCAAAAACCUUUUUGCAGUUAGUGUGGGAAGCCCUACAGGAUGUCACGCUCAUCAUCCUGGAAGUGGCAGCCAUCAUUUCACUUGGCCUUUCUUUCUACAGACCACCAGAUGCUGAGAGACAGAACUGUGGUAGAGCGGCUGGCGGCGUGCAGGAGGACGGUGAGGGGGAAACUGGAUGGAUCGAAGGUGCUGCCAUCCUGCUGUCUGUGGUGUGUGUGGUCCUAGUGACGGCCUUCAAUGACUGGAGUAAAGAGAAACAGUUCCGGGGCCUCCAGAGUCGCAUUGAGCAGGAGCAGAAGUUCACCGUGGUCCGAGGGGGGCAGGUCAUCCAGAUAAAUGUGUCCGAGAUCGUUGUCGGAGACAUUGCACAAGUCAAAUAUGGUGACCUCCUCCCUGCUGAUGGUGUCCUGAUUCAGGGCAGCGAUCUGAAGAUUGAUGAGAGCUCUCUAACCGGAGAGUCGGAUCAUGUCAAGAAGCUUGUCAACGAAGACCCCAUGAUGCUGUCAGGUACCCACGUGAUGGAGGGCUCCGGCAAGAUGGUGGUCACCGCUGUAGGUGUGAACUCUCAGACUGGUAUCAUCUUCACACUGCUCGGCGCUGGCGAGGAAGGCGACGGUGAUGGCGAGGAGAAGGCUGAGAAAGAGAAGAAGAAGAAAGAGAAAGACAAGAAGAAAGAGGAGAGGAAGAAGAGAGAGAAGAAGGAAAAGAAAAGUAAAAAAGAUGACAAAGGCAAGAAAGGGAAAAACAAGGAUGGAGCCAAUGUGGAGAUGCAGCCGCUAAACGAGGACGAAGAAUCCGAGAAGAAGAAGAAAAACCUACCAAAGAAGGAGAAGUCGGUCCUCCAGGGGAAGCUGACCAAACUGGCUGUGCAGAUCGGCAAAGCAGGUCUGUUAAUGUCAACUGUCACCGUACUCAUCCUCAUCACUCGCUUCUUGAUCGACACUUUCUGGAUUCAGGGGGUUCCCUGGGCCACAGAGUGUCUGCCCCUCUAUGUGCAGUUAAUGGUCAAGUUCUUCAUCAUCGGCGUGACGGUGCUGGUGGUGGCCGUGCCUGAAGGUCUCCCUCUGGCCGUCACUAUCUCCCUGGCCUAUUCAGUCAAGAAAAUGAUGAAGGACAACAACCUGGUCCGCCAUCUGGAUGCCUGUGAGACGAUGGGCAAUGCCACAGCCAUCUGCUCCGACAAGACGGGAACGCUCACCAUGAACCGCAUGACAGUGGUGCAGGCCUACAUCGCAGGAUCCUACCACAAAAAGGUGCCGGAGCCGACGAUGAUUCCUGCCAAGAUAAUGGACCUCCUCAUCCAGGGCAUCGGGGUCAACUGCGCGUACACAACCAAGAUUAUGCCUCCAGAGAAGGAAGGCGGGCUACCUCGCCAGGUGGGAAACAAGACUGAAUGUGCCUUACUCGGACUCAGCCUCGACCUGCACCGAGACUACCAGACCGUCCGCAAUGAAAUCCCAGAGGAGAAACUGUUCAAGGUCUACACCUUCAAUUCUGCAAGGAAGUCCAUGAGUACCGUGCUAAAGAACCAUGAUGGCAGCUACCGAAUGUUCAGCAAGGGGGCCUCUGAGAUCCUGCUCAGGAAGUGCUGUAGGAUCCUGAUAGCCAGCGGCGAGUCCAAAGACCUCAAACCUCGGGACCGAGACCACCUGGUGAAGAACGUAAUUGAGCCAAUGGCAUCAGAGGGCCUAAGGACCAUCUGCCUCGCCUACAGAGACUUCCCCGCAGCUGACAGAGAGCCUGACUGGGACAACGAGGCCCACAUCCUCACUGGCCUCACCUGCAUCGCUGUGGUUGGAAUUGAGGACCCUGUGCGACUUGAGGUACCAGAAGCCAUCAGAAAGUGCCAGCGGGCCGGGAUCACUGUCCGCAUGGUGACCGGAGACAACAUCAACACCGCACGGGCCAUUGCCAUCAAAUGUGGCAUCCUGCAACCUGGAGAUGACUUCCUGUGUAUGGAGGGCAAAGAGUUCAACCGACAGAUACGAAACGAACUGGGAGAGAUUGAGCAGGAGCGUAUUGAUAAGAUUUGGCCAAAGCUGAGAGUCCUCGCCAGAUCGUCCCCAACGGACAAACACACUCUGGUCAAAGGAAUCAUCGACAGCACGGUGCUGGAGCAGAGGCAGGUUGUCGCGGUUACUGGAGAUGGAACAAAUGACGGACCAGCACUCAAGAAAGCAGAUGUUGGCUUUGCCAUGGGCAUCGCAGGGACAGACGUGGCAAAGGAGGCGUCUGACAUCAUCCUGACAGACGACAACUUCAUCAGCAUCGUGAAGGCCGUGAUGUGGGGCAGAAAUGUCUACGACAGCAUCUCCAAGUUCCUGCAGUUCCAGCUCACUGUCAACAUGGUCGCUGUCAUCGUGGCCUUCACCGGAGCCUGCAUCACCCAGGAUUCUCCUCUGAAGGCUGUGCAGAUGUUGUGGGUCAACCUCAUCAUGGACACCUUCGCUUCACUGGCUCUCGCCACCGAGCCGCCGACCGAGGCGCUGCUGCUCAGGAACCCGUACGGCCGCAAGAAACCGCUCAUCUCCCGCACCAUGAUGAAAAACAUCCUGGGACAUGGCAUUUACCAACUGACCAUAGUCUUCACCCUGCUCUUCCUUGGCGAGAAUUUGUUCGACAUUGACAGCGGCAGGAACACCCCCCUCCAUGCCCCGCCCUCUGAGCACUACACCAUAGUGUUCAACACCUUUGUCCUCAUGCAGAUCUUCAACGAGCUCAACGCCCGCAAGAUUCACGGAGAGAGGAACGUCUUCGAGGGCGUCUUCAAAAACCCAAUCUUCUGCUCUAUCAUCCUGGGAACCUUGCUCACACAGAUCAUCAUCGUGCAGUUUGGUGGUAAACCGUUCAACUGUGUGAGUCUGACCAUCGACCAGUGGCUGUGGUGUGUUUUCCUGGGCUUCGGCAGCCUCUUGUGGGGUCAGCUGGUGUCCAGUGUCCCCACCAACUGGUUGAAGUUCCUGAAGACAGCAGGUCACGGUACGCAGCAAGAGGAGAUCCCUGAGGAGGAGCUGGAGGAGAUGAAGGAUCUGGAUGCCAUCGACCACGCUGAGAUGGAGCUGAAGAGGGGCCAGGUGCUCUGGUGCCGUGGCCUAAGCCGCAUUCAGACACAGAUCCGUGUGGUGAACGCCUUCAGAGACAGCGUGUCUCCCUACGAAGGUCUGGAGACGCCCGAAUCUCGCAGCUCCAUCCACAACUUCAUGAGCCACAACGAGUUCCGCAUCGAGGACUCAGAGCCUCAGAUCCCGCUGAUCGAUGAGAACGAGGGUGAGGAUGACGCCCCCACCAAACGAAACUCCAUACUCGUCCCACCGCCGCUGACCAGACUGUCCAACCUGCCGCCGCUCCCAUCCUCGCCCAACCAGAACAACAAUGCCGUGGACCUCAUCGUCCCAUUGCAUAAGGACGCCUCCAGGCCCGGUCUGACCCCGCUCAACUCAGCGGGGCUGCCGCCGUGUCCGGGGAGCCCCCUGCACAGCCUGGAGACCUCACUGUGAAGCCCCUUUCCCCAGACUGACCACUCUCUGUUGCAAUGGUCGUUUCUGUUCGUACUGUGUUCCUUAAGGCGAAAGCGCUGCUUCCUCUGAGAGCGGAGGAAUGAAAAAACAUUUUAAAAACAGACUCAUUUGAUCGUUGCUGGUCAGGAGUUCAACCUGCUGGUUUUUAGAUUCCAGGAAGCAGAAAUGUUUCCAAAUGUGUUUGUUGUUGUGUUUGGAGCCGCAGCAGCAGGUUCACACAGACUGUUUUCUUCCCUCCUGAUGUUUUCUUUCUUUACUUUAAUGAACUCUGCAGUUGUUAUUUAGGUGGAGAGUGCUUGUGAAGUGGUCAGUCCAUAAUCAGUUUCUGAUCUAUAAAUAUUGAUGUUGAUGUUCAGACGUAGUCGGGGUUCGUCGUAAUCCGCAGUGUUCCUGUUUGUCAGCGGACGAGCCGAUGUGAGCUGACGGUGACGAGUUACGGUUAGUUGGCGUCAAGGUUUCGCGUAAAGGGGACCCGUUCUGCUUGUUGUGUUUUAAUGUUACAAUAUCGGCUGUUCAUAUUAAACGUGGCCAAAGUUUCAGAUAAUGAGGUAAACAUAUGUAGAAGUGAUGCCUGUGAGACAAAAGCAGGCUGCUCUGAACACUAGGUUUCCCACGAGCAUAUGGGCCUCCGCUCCAGACACAGCUCCAGGCACAGCAAAACCGUCUACUUAAGUAGUAUUAAAGGCAUUUCAUGUACUCCAGCAUAGGAAUAACCCAUGGUGCAGGUUUACUGUACAGUCGUUUGGCCAAUCAGAAGAAAGUGGGCUUUUGGGAGGGGGGCCUUGAGGAGCCCAGAGCUAAUACUGCCUGUUUCAGCCAGAGGCUCAACUCAGGGGUCGCAUAACAGGCAGUAUGAGAUCCUUUUUUUUUCUUUUUUUUUAAUGUAAAUCAUGCAGAGCUCUUCCAUUGGAUUCCCAGGAUAAAAAGAGAUAGCUGGAAAGAAGCAUAUAAUAGGUCCCCUUUAAUGAUCUGUGACGGAAAUGUGUAGGGCGAUUCAUCUUUAAUGAGGGGCGAGGUUAUUCUUAAAGAGACGUGGGUUCAGAGACGUGGGUUUGUAGACAGAAGUGUUUAAAGUAAAUGUUCAAUGUCUGCAUUUUAUUCUAGUAUUUUUGUAAAGAAAAUAUGUUUUAGGUUGUUUCAAAAGGUGUAAAAUCAAAAUGUAUUAAAAGUGAAAAAAAACAAAAACAAACAACUUUUAGAGCAGGGUGUUUGUGACACAGCUCCACGUCAUACAGAAGAAGAAACGUUGUGCUUAGACCACAAACUGAGAUAAAGACAGACGGGCCUGGGGGGAUUUUAGAGAGAGAUACCUGCCAUCGUAAAGCAGCCCUGGAAAAUAAAGGUUGGGUGAGAAGAACACAGUGACAGGAGAGUAUCAGGGCCACAAAUGUCAGAAUGUUAAGAAAAUAAAAUUGUGGUAGAGAAUAGUCUCAUAAUUUUACUAGAAAAAAGUAAUUCCAGAUCAUAGUUUUAUGGAAAAAAGUUGUAAUAUGAAAAUAAAGUUGUGGUUUUUAAAGAAAAAAGUCAUAAUAUCAAAAGACGUAAUAUUAUGAAAGUAAAGUUGUAGUGUUUUUUACAAUAGUUGUCUUAUUCACAGUUUUAAUCUGUGAAUAAGACUUUAAUCUUUAAGAAAUCGGAGACGAUGACAAUAAUAUUUGUUUAAUAUUUCAAGAAUAACUC